AUGAGCCAGAAGGGAACAACGGUGACCGCAGCGAGUGGAGGCACACGGACCAGUAAAUCCGGUGCGACGACGACAGUGUCAACUUCACCGACUGCAGUCAGUCAGAAAGCAUCCGUUGAAGGCUCGACAACGACGAUGCCCUCAGCGCCGGCGGCGAUCAUCCCAGUGGAGGGCGGUCGUCCGAAAGCGUCCCUCUCGUCGGUCCGUUCGCUAAACUUUGACGACCCGGAACUGGCGGUAGCCACACUCCCAGGUGGUCGCAAAACGGGCGCUCCAAAGGUGACGACGGUAUCCGCAGCGAAACCACCUCCAUCGAAGCAUCACACCGCGGAGGACACGAAAAAACCGGGCGCCGGAUCCCCACCGGGCACUGUCCCGGCUCCUGCUAGUCCGGGCAAGUUGGCCCCCAACAAGAAGGGCAUCCUGACGCAUCAGCAGGCGUCGCUGAAGCACGACGAACACCCGCCACCCGUGGCGGUCGGAAUGCCGGUGAAACCGGCCCUUCUGAAGUCGUCCUCCGUCCCGGCGCCACCACCCACCACCACCAAUACGCAACCGGCCGCGGUAUCGCCGCAACCGGGCGUUAGUCUGACAGCACCUGUGAUAACGACGGUCGCGGCCGUCUCACCGACGGUCGUGCCCCCAGCACCGCAGCUGGCCGCCGUCUCUAGCACCGUCGUGAUGCGAACGUCGUCCGGUUCGAGUCUCCACAAGUCCGCCUCGUACCGGAAGUCGUCCUAUAAACCGCAACACUCGCACUCCCUGCGCUACUCCGGCAGUGGCAGCGACAUCUCGAACCUGGUGCGCGUCCGCAACUCGACCCUCGGCAACUCGGCCCCAACCCUGUCGCUGAGCGCCAAGGAGAGUGGCGGAUUUGGCGGUCUCGGCGGACUCGGUGGCGGUAUGGGGGGCGGCGGGAGCUUCUUCGCCGGCCAGAAGCGACCCAUCUCGUCGUCUUCAUCGGCGUCGUCGGCUGCGGCGGCCGCCGCCCGGAGUGCGGCCGUGGCACGCCACCGGCUCAGCUUCGUGGCCAAUAUUUCACCACGCUCGCACUCGCCCAUUCCGGCCAGCCCGAUCGAUUCGCCGCGCAUCAACUCGCCCAGUAUUAUGCAGUUCCCGUUUCAGCUGCCGGUCAAGCGGAUCGCCUCGUCGGCGGUCGCAUCGGCCGCGUCGAAAAGCUGCGACAGUCGCCGCUGGUCCGUGGCGUCGCUGCCCUCGUCCGGGUACGUCACGACGCCGGGUAGCUCGAACAUUUCGUCCCAGUGCUCGAGCCAGGAGCGGCUGCACCAGUUCCCGGCCGUUCCGACGACCGACGAUCUUCAGCUCCUGUCGCUGCACUUCUCCUCGAACGACAGCAACCCGAGCUUGGGCGCGUGUGAACUGCCGGGCGGGCGAUCUAGCGGCCACCAUCCGUUCGGCCACCAUCCGGCGCAUCACGCUCACCAUCCGCACCAUCACCACCAUCACCACCAUCACCUGGUGCACCAUCCGCUGGUGUCGUCGUCCUCGGGCCACAUGAUGCAGCAGCAGCAGCAGCACCUUCACCACCAGCACCACCACUCGCUACCGGUGGCCGGUUCCCAUCACUAUCAGCCGCACCCGCUGACGGUGAGUUCCGGUGGCCCGUCGUCGAUCUCACCGCAAGCGCCCUCCACAGGCAGUGGCGGUAUGCUUGCGUACCAGCAAACACCCCAGCAGCCACUCAGUUUACCCCACCAAUCGACGGUUCCACCGCAGCAGCAGCAGCACUGUGCGAUGAUGAAGCCCACGAGCGGUGGCACCGUCACCGGAUCUUCCGGGUCUCCCGGCCACCAGCAUGCCGGUUCCGGGCGCGAUGAGCUAAACAACUUUUGCGGCUGCCGAUCGCCGAUCCACCGGCCACGAUCACGCAGCCUAAGCAGCCCGUCGCACUCGCCGAUCACCGACAACGAGAUCUCGAUCAUGAACACGUUCUACAAGGAACGCUUCCCGAAGGCUACGCAACAGAUGGAGGAACGCCUGAGUCACUUCAUCAACGAGAACAAGACCAUCCUGAACGAUAAUGCCCGAAACGCGCAGCCGAUCGUGCGGUUCGUGCACCAUCAGGUGCUGGAGAUGGCCCGCGACUGUCUGCACAAGUCACACGCCAAGCUGAUCACGUCACGAUACUUCUACGAGAUGAGCGACAACCUCGAGCGGUUGCUGGUAGAGACCCGCGAAAAGUCACCGGAAGCGGCCCCAGAAAUCACGGGCGUGAUCAAGAAGCUGCUGCUGAUCAUUUCGCGACCCGCCCGGUUGCUCGAGUGUCUCGAGUUCGAUCCGGAAGAGUUCUACCGGCUGCUGGAGGUGGCCGAGGGGCAGGCGAAGGUGACGCAGGGCAUCAAGGCGGACAUCCCGCAGUACAUCAUCCAGAAGCUGGGCCUCAUGAACCGCGAUCCGAUCACGGAGCUGCAGGAGGAGCUCAACAUUGAGUCGAUUUCGCUCAACUCGAGCGUCAACUGUGCCGAUCUCGAGGAGGAAGCGGACGAUGAGGUACGUGGGUCUGUGACACGCCGUUCCCGACCGUCGGAGGAGGACGAGAGCGAGAAUAACAAUUCUUCGUCGAUCCUCCUCGAUCGUUCCGUGGGUGCCGGCGAGAUGACGUGCUCGACACCGAAGGGAUCCGGAUCGUCCAGUUCGCCCGGGAACAGUGCGGCCAGCAGUACGAGCAACGUGCUAAAUAAUAACACCAGCCACUCGCCAGCCUCGUCGGUGGUGGCGGUGGCUUGUGCUACCACGACGACGGCGACGGCGACCGCCACCCAGUCGGCCACCGGGGGAGGAAGUGUGAAGCCGUUCAAAGCCCGCUCGUCGGCCGCCGGCAGUGCCGUACCGAACGAGAAGGACUUUGAUAUCCUGAAGCUGAUCUCGAACGGGGCGUACGGUGCGGUGUACCUCGUGAAGCACAAGCAAACCCGGCAGCGGUUCGCGAUGAAGAAGAUCAAUAAGAACAGCCUGAUGCUGCGGAACCAGGUCGAGCAGGUGUUUGCCGAGCGGGACAUUCUCAGCUUUGCCGACAACCCGUUCGUCGUUAGCAUGUACUGUUCGUUCGAGACGAAGAAACACCUCUGCCUGGUGAUGGAGUACGUCGAGGGAGGUGACUGUGCGACGCUGCUGAAGAACAUUGGCCCGCUGCCGUCCGAUAUGGCGCGGUUCUACUUUGCCGAAACGGUGCUCGCGGUGGAGUAUCUGCACAGCUACGGGAUCGUGCACCGGGAUCUGAAGCCGGACAAUUUGCUCAUCACGGCGCUCGGGCACAUCAAGCUGACGGACUUUGGCCUCUCGAAGAUGGGCCUGAUGUCGCUGGCGACGAACCUGUACGAGGGCUAUCUGGACAGUGAGACGCGGCAGUUUUCCGACAAGCAGGUGUUUGGCACGCCGGAGUAUAUCGCACCGGAGGUGAUCCUCCGGCAGGGAUACGGCAAGCCGGUCGACUGGUGGUCGAUGGGCAUCAUUCUGUACGAGUUUCUGAUCGGCUGCGUGCCGUUCUUUGGCGAAACCCCCGAGGAGCUGUUUGCGCACACGGUCAACGACGACAUCGAGUGGCCGGACGGGGACGAUUGGCCGCUGCAGGAGGAGGCGAAGGAUCUGAUCGCGGUGCUGUUGCAGCAGAAUCCUCGCGAUCGGCUUGGGACGGGCGGAGCGCACGAGGUGAAAGAUCACUGCUACUUUUACGGGCUCGACUGGAACAAUCUGCUGCGCCAGAAGGCGGAAUUCGUGCCGCAGCUGGACGACGAGGAGGACACGAGCUACUUCGAUACGCGCGUCGAUCGGUACAACCACGAGAUCUGCGGGGACGACACGGACGAGAUGGAGGAUUCGCCCCUGUUCGGUUCGUUCAGUUCCUAUUCGCCGCAGUACCGCAAGCAGCACAGUCUCUCGCAGGCCUCCAUCAACAGUAGUGGCAGCUUCGGCGGGCUAGGUGGCCGACCGGAGACAACGGUGGCGGUGAUUGAUAAAACGAAUCCCGCCCCAAAUCAGAUCACCGCAGGUCCAGCGGUAUCAACGGAUUCCCUAGCAACGCCACUCCCCGGCACGCUGGUUCCUGUGGUAGGCCCUGCCACAGAAGGUCCGGCGGCCACCAUCACGACCAGCACGACGACCCUGGUGGUUAGCGCGAAAACGGUUCCGGAAGCGAUCGUCACCCUUCCGACACCACCCAUCAUGACGCCCGUCCCGAAGCCACAGCUGCCGAGUCUGUUCGAAGACGGAUUCGCUGACACGUCGCCCUCGGUGGCCAAUCCGCGUCCCAACGACAUCAGCAAACUGAUCAUCACGCCGGAGCUGCGCAAGUUUAACAUCAACCCGUCGCGCUACAAGAUGCCGUCGACGCCCGAUCUCGACUAUCUGCCCGAGCUGGCCACGCCCGACCGGGAGGACUUCCUCGCGCACCACGGCAUCAACCUGCGUCCGGUGGCGGCAGGUGGCGGGAUGCGAAUGUCCACCGUUGCACCGAGCACGCCGGAAACGCCGGACACGAACAAACGGUUCAGCGACUUCUACCCGCUCUCCUCGCUGAAGCAGCUCAGCACCCCGGAAUCGUCCCAGACGGACAGCGACGACGUGUCGCCCCAGAUUCAGCGCAAGCGCAAGAUCGUCCACAACCGCAUCCUGCCCAAGUUCUCGAUCUCGAUCGAGGACGACCAGAGUGGCCACGAGACGUCCUCCUCGACGCCACCGUCGCGCCUUCCGGCCGGCACCGCAUCGUCCCCAUCGAACUCGAUCCACAAUCUGAGCGGCGGUGGAGGUGCCAACCAUCAUUCGCGCCACCAUCACAUCGUCAAGAGUGCUUCGGCGCUCGGCCUGUCCCUGAUGACCUCGUCGGAUGAUUCGUCUUCCGCCGUCACGACGGCCGUCGGGCGACGAGGCGGAGGACCGACGGUUGCGAUCGGUCGCAAUGUUAACCCCGGUGGCGGUGGUUCAAAUCUUUCGUCCUCUUCCGGUUGCAGCACGGGAGGCGGUGGUGGCGGCGCAGGAAUUGCGUCCUCCUCGACGAUCCACUCGGCGGGCAACUGCUCCAGUACGGCCAGUUCGCGCGAUACAUCACCGUGCCGGGAGCUGAGUCCGCUCGUGACGAACCUGAAGCCACCGCUCAUCAUCCGCCGGGGGCCACGAGGAUUCGGCUUCACCGUGCAUACGAUCCGGGUGUACUACGGUGACACGGACUUCUACACCAUGCACCACCUGGUGAUGGCGGUGGACGAGGGUAGCCCCGCUUUCGAAGCCGGUCUCCGGCCGGCCGAUCUCAUCACGCACGUCAACGGUGAAGCGGUACAGGGUCUGUACCACACGCAGGUUCUCCAGCUGCUGCUCAGCGGCUCGGAGCUGGUCAGCCUGCGGGCAACGCCGCUCGAGCACACCAGCAUCCAGACCGGUGGCCGCAAGCGCGAGCCGUGGCAGAGCAAGUUUGCCAAAAAGUCGACCCACAGCCGGCGCAAGCAGAAGAAGGAGAGCGAGAAGAAACGGAAGGCGUCCCUGUUCCGGCGCAUCAGCAGCAAACGGGCCAGUGCGGAGAUGCAGCAGAUGGUGGCCGGCAUCCAGUCACCGACGGCGGCCGUGCCACCGUCGAGGAGCUUCCAGUCACUGGCCCGCUUCCAGGGCUCGCAGCCGAACUUGCUGCAACCGGGUGGUGGAGUGCCGGGAGUGCAGCCGAACGUCGUGAUGCCGAUGCCGAUCGUGCCCGGUACGCUGCCGUCUCCGGUCCUUCCGGGUCCACCGGGACUGGGCGGAUCCGGGCCCGGAUCCAGCCAUCGUCUAAGCUUGUCACCGCUCAACUCCGCCGGUGGCUUCUACAAUCCGGUCUCACCGCCGAGUACGUCCGCACCGAGCACACCGACCACGGGCGGUGGUAUUGUGACCGGACCGCUGCAAACGUACGGCACUGAGGGUGCAGCACCGCCCCUCUACCAGCGCCCUUCGACACUGCACGUCCUGAAGCACAAGCUUCACUCGUCGUCGUCGCCCUGUGCCAGUGGCAAAUCGCUUCACUCGAGCGCCGGCGGUGGACGCCCCUCGAACCGUCGGAAAUCGGCCGACCACAUGCCCCUGUCACCGUUGGCCCGCACACCGAGCCCUUCGCCGCUUCCGGCCUCCCCGACGCGCUCCUCGAGCCCCCUGGCGUUCCCCGUGGUCCAUCCGCUCGGGGCGUCGAACACCACCCAAUCCUACAGUCCCGGUGGCCCACCGACCGCGGUGGCGUCAGCCGGAGCAACCACCAACGUGGCCAGUGGAUUUCCGGCGGCGGCAACGGCGAUGGGCACCGUUACGGGCGGCGGCGGUCCCCCGCUCGGUGGCUCGCCAACUCCACCGACGGCGAAGAAAGGAUUCCCGCGGGCGAAAACGGCCGAACCGAGCUCACCGCUGCUCCGGCGGGCCCUCUCACCCGAUCGGCUCCAUCCGCGGAGUGCGGCCGAAAGUAAGGCGUGCGUCCUGUCACCGCUCUGCUGCAACACGAGCCUGAAAACGAAUCCUCGACCGGUGGCCGGCAUAUGGCGAUCGAGCCAGAACUCAACCAUCACCACGGGUCUCGUGGGCACCGCUGGCACCGUCACCGCCGCCAGCACGGACUCGCCAACGGUCGGUGCGGGAAAGGCUACAACAGGAUCGGUAACCAACCCGGAGAAGCUGCUCCCGUUGGUGGAAAAGAUGGCGCUCAAGGAACCGGAACAACCAGCAUCGCUAGCUUCGAACUCGACUCCUCCGGUGCCUGCGCCUGGAAGCGCUGGCGGUAACGGGAAAUCCAAAUCGAAAGACUAAACCCGAUCGGAUGGGACAGAUCGAUAGCUUUCAGCUAAAUUAAACUGUAGCUCAGUUUCGAUGAUUGUUUGGCGCAACGUGAUAAGGUCGGAGUCUUUCUUUGCGCUGUAUUUAGGCUACGUCCUUUUGUUUUUACUCUACGAAUCAGUCACGCGGUUUUGUGGUGUGUGCUUCGGCGAAGAAGUUCGUGUGGGCUGUGGAUCCAUUGUAAUGAUUGCUUUUGUUUUACGAAAAUCCUCCUGUAAAUUGCCCGUUAGCUCACGCGAAUCUCGUCGGCAGUCAGUCAGUCAGGCGCCGCAGAGAAAUUGUCAUUUACUAUCAUUAUUAUCAUUAAUAAUUAUUGCUAUCGCUCUAGUACCCAGCAUCAUUAUUAUUUCGUUUGUAAGAGUUUUGGUCGCUUCGUAGCCCCUUUGGGGCCCCAGAAAACACUGGCCGCCCCUCGCGUACAUUUUGUUUUAUUUAUCUAAGAACAUUGCUUCGAUUUCAGUGCACGCGUGGCCGUGCCCGCGUGAUCCCCCGCGAAUGUUGAUAGGGAACCGAAUAAAGCGAACCCGAAAGAGAAAGUAACAUAGCCGGAUAGCCCAUUUUUCCGUGUGAUUUUGCCGUUGAAUGAACCGCCACGAAGAAGAGUCAUCGAUGAUAUCAAACUCAACACACGGAUUACCAGCGAGCAGCGGUCUCGAAAGCUUCGUUAAGUCUUGGUUGCUCCCCCCAUACACUACGGCAUUGCGCAGUCCUGCUAGAGCUAGAGCGAUAGUCACCCCAUAGCCAGGGGCGGACACUUUCAACGCAGUAGCGAGUGGCGUGUUAAUUCCGGUCGCCAAUAAUCGGGUGGAUCCUUCGAAAAGUGGUCCUCUUGCUUCAUUCAAGAACCCCAUUUCUUUCUCGACUAGGUUAACCUUUAUUAUCUGUCUAAUUCUUGCUUUUAACGAUCACACGAUCUUGUCGAUCUUGUGCUUUUGUCUUCGUUGAGUUUGUUACCGAAUGUUUAUUGUUUCUUACUUGUUUCCGUUAAACAGUGAUGUAGUGUUUCUUUUGUCUAUCGAAAUUAAGAUUGUUCAUUUUUCUUCCUCCGAGACGCCGAGUUCUUACCCCUUUCAAGUUCAAGCCCCCGAUUGAUGUAGUUGUUCCGAUAGUGUGAAACAAAUAGAUACAGAGCACGCACGCAAACCAACCAAUAAAGUAUCCCUUCACUCGAUGUGCAACCCGCAGUCCUGCUGUAGUGAAAACGCAGUGGAAAGUACGCCCCAAUACAAAACAAAAACUCUCCCCGAAAUACCAAUAACCGUAAUAGUGCAAUAGGUCAGCUGAUGGCGAACGGCAGGAGCGUGGAUUAAUGUAUCGUUUGUGAAAGUAAACUGAAAACAUUGAGCCACAGGAAAAGAGAACUAGAGAGAGUUUAAGCGCGUUCAACAAGAAAACUAAAACAAAACAAACACACUCUGUUUGGAAGCACUGCACUAGAAUGUAUCUCUUCCGUAGCUAUUCGAUGUUGUUGGUUGCCGCGAUGGAACUAUUGUUUGAAGGGUGACAAUGUUGGACCGGAAAAGUUACUAACGGUACUAGCGGAAAGGAUAAGAGAACCGCAAGGUUAGCAAAAAUUGUUGACAGACACAUUUAGUGAGAACAGAUAACCAGGAUUAGCUACAAUUGAUUGGAGAGAGCACAAAACGUGCCGGAAACAGUAGAAACGGAUGGAAACCGGAAGCGGAUAGGGGACCGUAAGCGAUGUAAGGCGCUGCUGUGCACACGGAGGAGCAAGUAAAACAAUAUUGUUUUGUGAUCUUUACCAUUUAACUUCUCGAAAGUGGUUUAAUCCGUUUUUUGAUACGUAAGUUGUGAUGAUGUGUUUAUCGUACGUGUGUCUGUGUAUGUGUGGCCGGGCGUGCAUGAGUGUGGCUUAUCGGAAGAUCCAAAAACGAUGAUAAAGAAAGGUGCGAACGAGAGUUCCAGUGGUGAAUGUAUGAUUUUUAUUGUAAAUAUAUCCUCAUUUGAAAGUGCGUGAACCACAUUUAUUAAAAGUGUACGGUAAACAAAAACGAUACAAUAAACAAUGCUUGCGAAAAUGAUAAACCCCGACAUUCGACAGUAAAUGGAAACCAAAUGCAGCCUUGGAAGCCAGCCUUUCUGGCCACGUUCCCUUACGUUCCCUUUUUUGUGUUCUUAUCCGAAGUUACUUCUGUUUCGAAAUUGUCAGGGCUUUCCGCGCUGUCUCAAUCUUUUUUAUGUUU